AUGGGAAUUAUACUGUACCACGAGGUGCAGGAGUCCAAACUGUGCGCUUUGCAUUGCGUGAACGCCGUCUUGCAGGGCCCCUUCUUCUCCGAAUUCGACCUGGCGGGGAUGGCGGCGGAGCUCGACCGCGCCGAGCGGCAGGUGAUGUUCGCCGCCUCCGGCGAUUUCGAGCCGGAGUUCUCGCACAACGUUUCCCCUGAUGGCGAUUUCAGCAUACAGGUUCUUGAAAAAGCCCUUGAGGUCAUGGACUUGCAAGUCAUCUCCCUAGACAGCCCGGUGGCCCAGCCCGCGAAAAUCGAGCCUGGAGCCGAAAACGCCUACAUCUGCAAUCUACUAAACCACUGGUUUUGCAUCAAGAAAGUCGAGGGCGAGUGGUACAAUUUCAACAGCUUGUACCCAGCUCCCCAGCACUUAUCCGGAUUCUAUUUAGCUGCCUAUCUCGACUCGUUAAAGGGCUCCGGUUGGAGCAUAUUUCUUGUGAGGGGGAAUUUCCCGGUUUUCGAGCAGCCCGAAGUGGGCCAGAACGGACCUUUUAGGGGUCGGUGGCUCUCGCCCGAGGAGGCCAAAGGGAUACUCGCCCGCCGGGCCCGAACGAGAUGGGAUAGGCCCGGGAGGAAGAGGCGGGCCCCUAUAUUGGUGAGUGAUGACGAGGAUGAUGAUGAUGAGUGCUUGAAGGAGGCGAUUGCUGCAAGCUUGAAGGAGUCUUCUUCUUGUUCGUCUUCUUCGUCGGGGGCCCGUUUGGAUGAGAACGGGCUGGAAAAAAAUGGCGGGAAAGCUUGUGAGGCGAGCGAGAAUCGAACAAAUGGUGGUGGCUCGGAGAAUGAUGGGAACGGAGUGGAGAGCGAUUGGAAAAGGGCUCGUGUUGAAGGUUGA